AUCUUAUCAGUUCUGUACAAGAAACACGUGGAAAACAUGGCGCUGUCCACAAAUUCUUUACGUCUAGUUUACUUACUCUGUUUCUAUCAAGUGUCAUUGCCAGAAAAACUUGGAGGGAGUCUUCCAAACUUUGAAUUCGAUUUCGAUGCACUUCCUGGAACUCAGCAUGAAUUCAAAGUCGACGUAAAGGCAGGGAAAGAGGAAUGUUUUGUACAGAAGGUGGCUCAAGGAGCCAAUUUAUACGUCCAAUUUGAGGUUUUACGGGGAGGAGAUAGGUCCAUAAACGUGGUGUUGAUCGAUCCUCACUAUCAAAUCAUUCAACAUUUACCCUAUCAAACAGACGGCAAAAUAGACCAUGUAGCGGUGAUGUAUGGUGCAUAUCAACUUUGUUUCGACAAUACCGCCAGUAGAUUCGCUGGAAAGCUGGUAUACAUUUACAUCGUGACGUACGUUACAGAGGAAUGGACGAAAUAUCUAGAGGAGAUUCAGAGUGUCAGUGCCUCUGUUAACAAUUUUACGGGUGCAUUGGCUGGAGUCCAAACAUCUAUAGAGCAAAUGAAACUCCAUCAAACAGAGAGCCGGAUGCACGUCAUAAAGGAUUGGUAUCUCGUGACCGGAAAUAACAAAUACGUCAUGUAUUGGUCCAUUUUCCAAAUGUGUGUUGUUCUUUUCACAGGAGUAUUCCAAGUAUUUUGUUUAAGGAGAUUAUUCCGAGUGCAAAGUGUGACUCCAACGUCAAAGCCAAGAGCCUGAUAUAUCGUCAGAUUUCACCACCAUUUGUUUGUAAAGCCGGUUAA